AUGACAUCAGUUUCCUCGGGACGUGAGCCAUCCAACUCUGGCGAGCCCCCCGAAUCUACAUCUACUCCAGAGACACCAAAAACUCGACCGCAGGCCUGCGAAAGAUGCUGGAAACGAAAACAAAAAUGUGAUCGGCGGUUGCCAUCUUGUACCACAUGCCAAGGACUGGGCGUGGAAUGCAUCCCUCGUAAUCAAGACUUCAAUAAAUUGUCCGAGCUCUCUCAUACUUCUGUCAUCGGGUAUGUAGAGUCAUUAAAAAAAAGGGUCGCCGACCUUGAAGAACAAGCUUCGUCGAGAAAACGAGCUCGUACCAGUAGCCACAUAAGCGAAUCAGUGGUUGGUCCCUCACUUGUCAACGCGGCUCACGCCGAAUCUCAACGCAAUGAUCACGUACCAUCAAGCUCUACAGUGGCCCGCAGCGCUCAAAGAGGUAACGAAGAUUCCUCUGUCCGGGCCACUAUGGGCGCGAUUGGUUUCUUGUCGCGCAGUGCUAUGGCUGAACCGCGUGAUCAUUCCGAUGAUCUGCCUAGAAAGUUUUCUCUGGGUGAAAUUAUCUCGGGGGCACUGGCUAUCGAUGGCCGAGAUCCCUCUACAGCUUCCCCUGCGCCUCGGGCUCCUGCCAUUGACAGCCAUUUCACAUCACUCAGCCACGAUGCAAUGAGUGGCUAUUUCCAAAGGUUUCUUGAUCAGACCGCUUUUCUAACGUAUAUCAACGAGGAGAACCUCUUGGAACAAUAUAUGGCCGUAGUGGCCGACAACGAGCUACGUAAUGAAAGUAAAAGCCCCUUACAGGUUUUCAACACCCAUAUGGGCCUGGCCAUUGGCAUCCUGAUGUCACCCGAUUCCAGCCACCUGUCAUUAUUGAGCGCCAAUUUCCACGCGAUUGCUGUUAAACAAUUGCCUUCUGUCUUGCGUUCUGAGGCACCCACUGAGCACAUACACUGCAUGGUCAUGCUUCUUGUAUAUUCGUUAUUCAACCCCAGUGGAGGCUCAGCGUGGCACCUUCUUGGUCUUACAGUUAAAACUUGCAUUUCAAUUGGUCUCCAUCGAGAGCCGGAUGCUCACACUGAUUUAACGCUGGCUGAACACAAUAAGAGAAGAUGGUUGUUCUGGAGUGUCUAUCUGCUCGACCGGAUGCUUAGUACAGUCAUGGAUCGUCCGCUGAGCAUACAAGAUGACGACAUUUCUGUGCGAGUACCACCAGAAGAAGGCGAUACGCCGUUAUCAACGAGCGAUUCCUCUAAAAGGUCGUCUCUGUGCCGCUAUCUUCUGCUUUAUGCACAACUCAUAUCGAGUAUAAGAACUAAGGGAAAGGGUAAUAUUCUUCUUGAUUACAGUAACUUCAGUCAUUGGAGGGAUUUACCGCCAAGUAUGGAACGUUUGCAAUCAACGGCUCAGAGUACCAAAGAUGUCUUACAUCAACUUUCUGCCCGAGCUUUAGCGCAACUAGUCUCGCCCACAGCUUUGCAAGAGGUUGAUGCAGGACUAUUACUUGGGAGUGUUAAUGAUGUCGAAAUGGACGCCUUAAUGACUUCCGACCAAUUCAUCGGCCGGUGCUACGAUCGUUUUACGGCCGGAGAUUUUGUGGGUAGCUUCAUUGAUGCAUACGAUGUCUUUCAAGCUGGAGUUGUUUGCGUCUGCCUUACAUGGCGUAAGGGCCAAGAGUCUCCGACGGAGCGCCGUCUUACGAAAGUAACUGAAAUCAUUAACAAGGCAUCCACACUGGUCACUGUUAUAGCGUCAAGGUUCCCUGCAUUGUCGGCUUUUCAACGAGUAUUACUCGCUCUUUCUACUCGAAUAGUGGAUAACAGUAAUAACCCGUACACUGCGAAUAUAUUUGAAGAAUUUCCCGCUGUUGUUCCUCGUCGCAUACAGCAACUGAUUCGACAUACAUUCGCGUAA